GAAGUGAUGUCAAGUGGCCGUUGUAGUCUUCAAGCGCGGGCAGUUGGUGUUUUAUUUCGUGGAUUUUUAACUGCUAUCGUAAUAAUAGCGUCUAGUAAAGAUACUUUCACAGAGAGAACAUUGUUGUAUCAUUUUUAUGGAGCGGCAUUCCGGUUAACAGUUCACGGUACUUCGCUAUCUACCCAGGAGAAGCUGGUUGACCUGACAAGAGUUAAGCUAGCAAUGUAGUUAGCCUACUAAUGUAGCCACUGUACUGUGUGAGUUAGUACCACGGACUGUUGAUAAACGUAUAAGGUUGGGAGUAUCGAAAUGUCUUUUAGUGCCGUUAACGGGACUCUGUCCAACCUGAAGGACUGUCAGGCAGACAUCGGGACGGGAAUGGACAUUGUGACAGAUGUAGCCAUGGAUCUGGUGGAGGCUCAGGAUGGAGAGGGAAAUCCUGGCAUCAAAGAGAUGGAGGCCAUGAUCCUUGAGUGUGCCAAGCUGGACAGGGAGAUUAACUGCUUUGUUGACAUAGUGCAACAAGUCACAGCAGAGGUUACUUCGCAGCAGCCAGAGGCCAUGUUCACCCUGUCUGCCAGAGUGAAGGAGCAGUUCACAGACAGAAUGGCUGGACUUUCAGAUGCUGAACUGCAGAACCAUCAGAAAGUAAUAGCCUUCAAGGACAGCAUCAGGAAUUCUCUCAGUCAAGCCAGUCAGUCAGCAGAGAACAUGGAGGAGCUGGAUGAGGACAUCGCUGUAUCACAGAGUCAAGUCAACUUCAUCUGCCCUCUCACACAGGAGGAAAUGGUGAACCCUGUGAAGAAUAAGAAGUGUAACCACCACUAUGAUGAAAGAGCCAUACGGAGCAUGAUCAAAACAAGGCACGGCCAGAAAAAGAAAUGUCGUUGUCCUGUGGUGGGCUGUGGAAACACCGACGUGAAGGAGUCAGACCUGGUUCUGGAUCAGGUGUUCAGGAGAAAGAUCCAGGCACGCAAGAGGCAGACCAACAAAACAUAGUGCUCUAUUUUUCAAUUGGCAGCAUCGUUUAUUAUGAGGCCCAUUUGUUGUUAAUUAUUUGUGUAAUAAGAACAUGUUCCUAGGUCUUUUGAGCUGUUUUGUUAUUAUUAAUGUGAUGAAGUUGUGACCUAUUUGUGCAGGUGGGUUUCUCUGUAUCAAUAACAGAAUGCCAUCCUAUAAAGUUCAGUUUUAUAUGAUAACUUUCUGAUUUUAUAACUUGCUCUUUUAUACACACCAGUUUCUUUUUGAAUGUAAAUAAAAGUCAUAUAUA